GAGAUAACUUAGACAUGACCGAAAAUGGCAACUGUUGUCCGAGUGAAACGUCGCAGGGAUGAAGAUCCGCUUGAAAUUUUGCUUCUGGCAAAUAAGAAACAAAGAAACGACACAUCAGGCGAAGCGUUUUCCGUUGCCCCAGAUGAUAAAAGCAUAUUUAAGUUUGCAGGAACCGUGUCGUCAAAGGAUGAUGGAAUAUCUCGUCAGGUAAGGGAGGCAAUUAGAAAAGAGAAAUUGGAGAGAGAGUAUAAACAACACCAGGCAAACAUUCUUGGAACAGUAAGACAAGAGACAAGGCAACAUAAACAUCAGCAAUCACAGCAGAACAGGUUCAAGGUAAUAUCGAAACAUCGAGCAUUGGAGUUAGACCGUCUAGAUACUGGUGCUGAUACAAAUGUUGAGGAACAAACUGUGUGUCAGAAAUGCGGACAGAAAACAAAUGGUAAAUGUCAGAAACAAACUGAUAAUGAACAAAAAGGUGAUAAAUCUGUGACUGAAGCUACGGUAGAGGAUAAUGUUCUUUCAAAUGCUAAAGAAAACUUUAAGGCAAAAAUUUGUGAUACAAGUGAAGAGAAAGAAAAACGAUUGACUUGCAAAUGUGAUAUGAAACAUAAUAGUGAAAAUUCUUCUCUGAACCAACAAAAUGGAAGUGUGGAAAAGGCUGGGGAAUGUACAGUUGGUGCUAAAGAGUGUGAUAAAGACAAUGUUACUGAAUGCAUUACUGACAUGGACAAAGCUGAGGAUGAUAGGGAUGGUUUAUUCUGUCUUGUUGACAUGGAAGCAGAAAAUUCAAGAAGCAGACAGACAUUGGGUAGUUCUGCUGCUGAACAGAUAACAUGUAAUUCAGAACCUAUGGAACGUGAAGUGGUUUCUGAGCGGCCCGAGGAUGAUGAUUACGUAUAUGACAUUUACUAUACCAACAGUAGACAGUUUGAUUUUAGAAUGUUUGAAAGAGACUUGACAUUCGAGGCUUACAAUGGUGGCCUUGUUUUUGACCGAGAUGUUGAUGAUAAUAAUGAUGAUUUUGUGUAUGAAGAUGAAGAAGACGAGAAUGCGGAGAGUAAUUGGAGAAAUGAUUAUCCAGAUGAAGAUCCCAGAUACUAUGAGAAUGAGAAUUCCAACUACUACUAUGGUGACGAUCUGGAUGAGUAUGUAGCGUUUGAGACAGAGACAGGUAAUCAGCUGGCUGAUUGGAUGUCAUGGAGAUGUAAUAUUGAUGGUACUGAACUAUCCAGUGAUGACGAGGACAUAGAGCAUUAUGGAGAUGGAAGAACAACGUAUGAAACUUACUAUAAACAUGUACACAAAGAGAUGGGGGAAGAUGAUGAGAGUGUUGAAACAUGAUAUGAUGAACUCAUGGUGUCCUUAAUUGAAAAAAGUCAGAGUUCAACAACUAAAUGAGCCGCGUCAUGAGAAAACCAACAUAGUGGCUUUGCGACCAGCAUGGAUCCAGACCAGCCUGCGCAUCCGCGCAGUCUGGUCAGGAUCCAUGCUGUUCGCUAAUGAUUUCUCUAAUUACAGUAGGCUUUAAAAGCGAACAGCAUGGAUCCUGACCAGACUGCGUGGAUGCGCAGGCUGGUCUGGAUCCAUGCUGGUCGCAAAGCCACUAUGUUGGUUUUCUCAUGGCACGGCUCAGAUAGUUUGACUGAAAUCUCAGUGUUAAGCUCUAGUUAUUUUUAAAGUUGCCAAGGAUUUUCACAUGUUGUUAUGUAUAGAAAUCCAUUGAAAAGCUUUAUUCAUCAGACAUUUGUUUGUGAUAGUGCUAUGUAAGUGACAUGAGAAUGCUAAAUUCUAUAAAAUGAAUUCAGAAAUCUCUUACCGAGGCGAAACUUUCGUAAACCAAUGUUUAUUGCAGCACAAAAAGCAAGAUUGAAAAGUUGUGCAUAAAUUAAAAAAAAAAAGUUAGACGACAGGCAGAAUUUGAAAAAAAAACUUUUAAAUAACGUUUUAUUAAGGAAAGUGAGCAAAGAGAAAUAUAUAUCUGGUGCUUAAUCAUUUGUUUAACUAAAUGAAGGAAGCAGCAAGCAAAUUUAAAAAAAAAUGAUUAAAAAAAUAUUUGUUUUUGAGAAAUGUGAGUGAGUAGAGUUAAGAAAUAUAUAUUUUCAUGCUGUGUCUCUUGUUUAACUACCGGUAUUAGUAAAGCCUCAAGUAGAAAGUACAACUCUUUAAUGUUAAUACUAAAGCACGAGGGAUUAAGAAUUAGGUAUGAAGAAAUGUAAACAGAGCAUGCGAAAAAAAACAUUUUGAUAAAGUAGUGUUAUGAAAUGUGGUUGAAAAUGUUAUUGUGAAAUAUUUAGUAUACAACAAUACAUAACCGUAAUCCAUAAUCCUGACAGAUAAGUGACUUUAUUAUGAUUGUAAAACAAUAAGUGAAAUAUUAAAUUGUUUUGAAAAAAAAAUAAUUUCUUCUCAUAAAUUUUGCGCAGUUAAGAUAUGAGACUGAUAUUAAUGUUCAUUUACUGUACAUUAGUUUGAAAUUGACAUAUGUUGGUCUGAAGUCAACUUAUAUGUUAGGAAUUCUUUACCCCAUCCACUUUCGUAUACAAAUGCCGAAAAUUUGAACAGGGAAAAGUACAAACAGAAAACUGAUGCAUUAAAACAUGUUUCCCCUUACCAAUAUAAUGUAAGUUAUUGCCAUCAAAUUAAUUUGUAAUGUGAAUCCGAUUUUUGUAAUAACUUGUUUGGUAAAAUAUUCUAGGAAAAUGAUGUAAACUGCAUAAGGUAACUUAUGCAACUACAAAUAUAUAUAAUACAUUUAUAGUUGAAAUAUGUA